GUAUUUGAGCCGCGCUGCAGUAAACAACGCUAGGUAAUUCGCUCCCGAAAAUUCGCGCGUGCCUCAAAAUAUUUUAAAUCGUGAACGUGCGUGUGUGUGAAUGUAAUAACAAUAAUAAAAUAGGAAAAGCUAAUUUUCCUAAGCAAUUUACAGUGCCGCCGGCUAUAAAUAGCCAGCGUACGAGGAACGCACGCAUUUUUCCGCUUAUCAGAGUCCAAAAGACGACAAUGCCGGUGAAAGAGAUACUUCAGCGGUGCAGGCCGAUCCCGCUGUACACGGUGCUGGUGCUAUCGAUCUGCUACUUCGUGCUCCAGCUGAUCCUCAGCCACUUGACGCACGGACUCACUCUACUGAUGGCAUCCCAUCACAUGUUGUGCAACAUUUUCGCACUCGGCGGCUGCAUCAUCACAAUUAAGCAUAGUAAACAAAAGCCGGAUCCCCAAAAUCCGCCCCCAAAUCAGACCAAGGUCAACUUCAACGGCAAUGGAUCGGGAGUGGUUGUUAACCUGGCCGAAACGGAGGCCCAAAAACGGGCUAAACGGGAGUGCCGUGAGCAAAAGCUACGAAAUACCUUUGGUUGGGCCAGGAUCGAUAUACUGACCAUGCUGAUUGUGUUCAUUAUCCUGGCGUCGUUAUCCUUUUCCCUGGUGGUGGAGGCUUUGCAAACACUUGUUCACAUCGACCAUCAAGAUACGAUGCACCUACCGAUUCCAAUGAUGAUGCUCGGCUUUGUGGGCCUAGUCCUGAAUGGACUUACAUAUCUGCUCAUUGGCGGAUACACGCUGCAUCAGGGCAGCUUUCUGCACCUGACUCCCGGCGGAAAUGUGGUGCUUGAGCGUCCCAUGUCCAGCAAUCUGGAUCUGUCCCUCACUCCAAUGCAAAGGCAACUCAGUAAAUCCCGAAACGAUCGUCAGUUACGCGAGGAAUUGGAGGCGGAGGUGGGUAGUGUUUACUUCGCCACCAAACGCCAGGGAGCAGUGGAAAUGCUGCGCGAUGUGUCCAGUACCAUAUUUGUGAUCGUUUGUGCCGCAAUCGUCUAUGUGGCGGAGGAUGAGCAUCAUACUGCCAAAUUUAUUGAUCCCGUCCUCUCCAUUUUCUCUUGUGUCCUGCUCGUGACGCUUAGCUAUCCCUACAUGAAAGAAUCCUGCCUGAUCCUGCUACAAACAAUUCCGGGUUCCAUCGAUCUGGAGAUCUUUGAGAGGACACUGGUCACCAAAUUCCCGGAGAUUAUCAGUUACCAUGAUCUGCACAUAUGGCAGUUGGCCGCCCAUCGAUACGUGGCCACCAUUCACAUCCAGUUCCAGAAUCCCAAACUCUACCUCAAGAUCAUCGAACAGGUGCGGGCAUAUUUCCAUGAUCAGGGUAUCGGAGCGGUCACCAUCCAACCGGAGUUUUAUCCGUCCACCAAUAAAAAUGCCUCUGCCUCGCUGGAAUGCCUGAUGCAAUGUCAGGCAGCGGAAUGCAUUGAAAAAGUUUGUUGCCGGGACUCCCGCAGCGAUCUCCGUGAGGUUUGCGAUGCUCCCGGAGGCCGAAAGUCAUCUACUCCAAUCAAAUGUCAAGGCGAUGGCCACGAUCAUGGCAGGGGAAAAUCGAAAUCCUGCGCCGAACUUAGCGCAGUGGUUGUGGAGAAACCCAAGGAACUGAAUGCAGCCCAGCUGUUAAAGGGUCAAGAUCAGGAAGUGGCCAAAUCCAUGCCCAAACUGCAACAUACGCCAUCGGAUGCUGAAUCGACCUGUUUGGGUACAUCUUCAUCGAAUGAAUAUACAUCCAAAUCAAAUGACAGUCCACCUCCUCCAACGAGUAGCGAUUGAUUCACCUUAAAUAACCAUAGUAUUGAAUCAAGGCUUAACGAUUUUAGCUAGUUCUUAAGUUAGUUUACGAAUUUGCCAUAUAUCUGUUGGAGCUCCUUUUUUAAAACUAGACGCCUAAGAAGAACUGGUAGGCUACGCUUGAUCACAAGAGUUGAGAAUUCAGUAAAAUGUAAGCAAAAGAGUUUCAGUCAACUUCAAUAUUAAGUCUUAACCAACUUCUUUUCGAUCAUGUUUUGAUUUUAAGAAUUUGGUUUUGAGCACUUUUAGUCAAAUUUUUGUAUCUCAUCUAAAUUUUAAUAUAUAUACUUUUAAUCCUAAGACGUUAAAUUUCAGAACCGAAAUUUUAGAACACAAUGAAAUCACUUAAAAUAAAUGUUUAUAAUCAGGUGCUGUUUUCUCCCCUCUCUUGUGUCAAGAAACGAACUACAUUUUGCCAACCAGUGCAAUUAGUUUACGAAUAAUUUGUUUUAAGGUACAUUUACUAUGUAUAUGUUGUACUAUAUAAGUCUUAAACAUUUACAACCGAAAGAUUACAAAAAAUAUAUCAAACUUGACGUGUCAUUA